AUGGUACUGCAGCACCUCGAUCUCCUGCGACGCAAGCGUAUCGUGCUUGCCUCUGCUUCGCCGCGCCGACGGGAGAUAAUUGCAGGGGUUGGCCUGCACCACAUCGAGGUGUGUGCAUCUGGCUUUGCGGAGGAUUUGUCCAAGGAUGAAUUUACCUGCGGCGGUGACUAUGCAUUGCGCACCGCCCGACGGAAGGCGGAGGAAGUCGUGCGUCAACUACAGCGGCAGCAGCAGCAGCAACAGGAACUCAGCGGAAGGGAAGAGAAGGGAAAUGCUUCUGACACUCCGUCGCCGUUCGAUAUUCUCAUCGCGGCGGAUACGGUGGUCACAAUGCCGGCGCCACACGGUGGGGUUGUCAUCAUUGAAAAGCCUGCCACAGCGGAGGAGGCGGCGGCGAUGUUGCGUCUUUUUUCUGGUACUCAACACGAAGUGUGGAGUGGUGUUGUGCUGACGGUGCGUGACGAGGAGAGCAGAAGCAGCAUUGGUGGGGACGGGGGUGAUAGACUUUGCUGGCGUGAGAUAAAGGUGCGCACGACGGUUAAAUUUGCACCGUUGGUCGAGGAGGAGAUCGCCGCGUAUACUUCAGAACGCUGCAAUUGGGAGGGGAAGGCUGGCGGCUACGGAAUUCAGGACACCGCGGCGUGCCUCAUUACCGCAAUUGAUGGCGAUUACUACAAUGUGAUGGGGCUUCCGUUACAGGCAGUGUGCGCCGAGCUGGACCGACUCAUACAUGACGGCAUUGUACGGUAA